AUGGCCCCCCUGAAAAUCAUCGGUGCUGGAUACGGCCGAACAGGCACUGACAGCUUGAGAAUGGCCCUUAACAUGCUUGGGUAUAAUUGUUUCCACAUGCGUGAGUUAAUACGCGAGGAUCGUCAUCCUGAGGUAUUCCUUGAUGCCUACCUUAAUCCUGAAAAGCCUGUGGAUUGGGAUAAGUUGUAUGAUGGCUACGAUGCUGCUGUGGAUUGGCCAACAGUCUCUUUUGUGGAACGUUUGCUUACUGUGUACCCUGAUGCUAAGGUGAUCCUUACCGCCCGUGAUGUCGACAGCUGGUAUCGCUCUAUCAAGAACACCAUUCACAAAUUGAGCGUCGAGUGCAGCAAACGAAAUGACCUUUCUGAGCCUUUGCAGCGAUGGAGAGAAAUGAACAACACCCUUGUAUUGGAUGGCGCUAUCGGGGAUCCAGAACGUUUUAAUGACGAAGAAGCUAUCAAGGCAAAGUACAACGCUCAUGUAGAGUGGAUUAAGAAGAAUGUUCCUAGUGAACAACUUUUUAUCAUGGAGCUUGGUGAAGGAUGGGAGCGAUUAUGCAAAUUUUUGGAUGUGCCGGUGCCGUCUGAUCCUUACCCUAGCGCCAAUUCCACCAAAGAUUUUGUCAAAAGCUUCAUAGAAAGUAAUUUACAAGAUGUAUGA